AAAAAAAAAAAAACCCAAAUAUACGAUCAUUAUAAAUGGCAGAUCCGAUUGCUCCUCAUAGUGCUCCCAUUUCAGCUUACAUGAGUGUACAUGAAGCUACAAAUCUUGCUUACGUGAGAUAUUUCGGGAAAAUUGAUAAUGCAACCAAAGCAAAGUUUAAGAGUAUUAACUCUAAAAAUUUCACUCUUGACUAUGAACUGCCUAAUGAUUCUAAAGUAUAUCAACUAACGAUACCAUUUAAGACACCGUUAAAAAAGAGAGAAGAGAUUAGACCUAUAUUAGAAGAGAUGGCAAAAGAAGCAGAAACUGCUUUAGGAUUACCUAGUUCGCUUUCAGGACCACCUCCAUUAAAGGCUAUAGCUAAAGCAUUAAUAGCUUCAACUACAGAUGUCUAUACUCCGUCUCAACCUCAUGUCCCUCUCAAUAGUUUUUAUUUACCAGAUACAAAUUCUAUGUUGAUGAUUGGUACUUUUAUUGGCCUUUUAACAUUAUUCACAUACACGUCAGAUGAUUAUUUAGAACGUCAAUUUCCACUUCAAUUAUUACAGGUACGAACUAAAAUCGGGACAGAAUUACUUUCAAAAUGCUUCAAAGGCUUGACUGUCUUGCAUCUAUGUGAAGGUACUUUUACACUAUUGACCUGUAUUGGUCGAGGUUGGUAUAGUCCUUUGAAUACACUGAAAUGGACAUUAAGUUCUAUUUUUUUCGGUGUUGGCUCUCUAAAGCAAUUAAAGAAACAUGCAGAAGAUGUUGCAGGCUUGAAAAAAUAAAAAUUACAUGUAUUUUAGUUUAUUUAAGAAAAGAAAGAAAAUAUACACAAUUGUAUAUUAUAUAUAUGUGUGUGUGUUUAUAUACAUAGAU